GUGUCUGCAGACAGUGCCGGCCCCUCCGCUCCUCCCGAGGCGACAGCAACAGCCAGAGGUGCCCCCGGGAGAUGGCAGAGCUCGGAGUGCCGGAGCAGACUGCAGCUGGCAAGAGCCAUGGAGGCCUUGGGGGCAGCUACAAGGUGACCGUGUACGAAAUGGAGAAUUUCCAGGGCAAGCGGUGCGAGCUCUCGGCCGAGUGCCCCAACCUGACUGACAGCCUGCUGGAGAAGGUGGGCUCCAUCCAAGUGGAGUCGGGGCCGUGGCUGGCGUUUGAGUGCAGGGCUUACCGUGGGGAGCAGUUUGUCCUGGAGAAGGGGGAUUACCCUCGCUGGGAGGCCUGGUCCAACAGCCACCACAGUGACAGCCUCCUGUCCCUGCGGCCUCUGCACAUCGAGGGUCCGGACCACAAGCUCCAUCUGUUCGAGAGCCCGGCUUUCGGCGGCCGCAAGAUGGAGAUAGUGGACGAGGACGUGCCCAGCCUCUGGGCUCACGGCUUCCAGGACCGCGUGGCCAGCGUCCGGGCCGUCAGCGGGACGUGGGUUGGCUAUGAGUUCCCUGGCUACCGCGGGCGCCAGUACGUGUUUGCGCGGGGGGCCUGCCGCCACUGGAACGAGUGGGGCGCCGCCCAGCCGCAGCUGCAGUCCGUGCGCCGCAUCCGCGACCAGAAGUGGCACAAGCGGGGCUGCUUCCUCAGCGGCUGAAGGACGUCCAGGCCCGGGGCCCAGCCCGCUCCAGAGCAGCGAGGGCAAGAAGACGAGGCUCAGGGCUGGGGCGAGGGCCUGCUGUCCACCCUUCCCCAGAAUCUGCUCAAUAAAGCCUGGGGCCGAUCCCCCACCUGCCAUGUU